GCGAUAUGUAGGAAUCUAACUUUUCAAAUAAUAUUAUAAGAAAUAUUUUUAGUAUAUUGAUAAUAUAAACAGUUAUUAAAGGGUCGAUUACCACAUAUAGCCACUAAGCUAAGGCAGACCUUUGUAUAAAUUUUUUUAAAGUUAGUAGAUAAUGUACUUUAACAUCAUUUUCUAGAAAUUAGGUAAGACAAUAUUUGGUAUAACUAAUAACUAUAUUUUCAUGUAGAUAUAUGGUUAUUUACAAUAUUGAACCUAGUAAAGUACCAAUCUUUUGUUUUUAUUCGUUUCGAAGUUGAACAAACCUAACCUGUGAAAAGCUACGUUGAACUUGAUCCACAUUAGUGAUAAACAUGACAUGACGGAAAACAAACGCAUCAAUCGUGAACCCUUCUUUCUUAGCCAGAGGUUUCCGUUUUCGCUUUCAUUGCUUCAUCGCACCACUCGCCGAUCCUAAAUCCUCUCCAUCAGCAGCUAAGCAUUUCUGAAAUCUUCAAAACUUUCGUAGGGGUUCCCGAUAACAACUCGCCUCUUCUACCCUCUGUAAUGGCGAUGAGAGGUGUCGAUUUCAAGUGGUACGAUGGGUUCUUCUUGUCGAUGCUUGCAACUAGUGUAAUCAUUGUAGCUAUCAAUUGGAAGAAAUACCAUACUUGCCAUUACCCCUUGCAUAUAUGGAUUGUGGUUGAUUACACCACCGUCUUUAUCUUCCGCGUCUUAAUGUUUGUUGACAAUGGUCUUGCUGCUGCCCUUGGCUUGGAUUUUGGAAGUCAACAACGGAACAUUGGGUUUUGUGGGAGAGUGGUGGUGCUCUCUAUCCUAUCUCUUUUGCUCUAUCCAUCUCUGUGGGCUUGGACUGUAAUCGGUACAAUAUGGUUUACAAGGGCAAAAAGCUGUUUACCUGAAGAAGGCCAAAAAUGGGGUUUCCUCAUUUGGCUGAUAUUCAGCUACUCUGGCCUCCUCUGCAUUGCUUGCAUCUGUGUCGGAAAGUGGUUGGCGCGAAGACAGGUGCACGUGUUACGUGCUCAGCAGGGAAUCCCGAGCUCAGAGUUCGGGAUUUUAGUUGACAUGAUUAGGGUUCCUGACUGGGCAUUUGAAGCCGCGGGCCAAGAGAUGAGAGGCAUAAGUCAAGAUGCUGCUGCUGCAUACCAUCCUGGACUUUACUUGACUCCUGCUCAGACUGAAGCCGUGGAGGCACUCAUACAAGAACUUCCAAAGUUCAGGUUAAAAGCCGUCCCAGAUGAUUGCGGUGAAUGCUUAAUCUGCUUAGAGGAGUUCCAUAUUGGACAUGAGGUUAGAGGUUUACCUUGCGCCCAUAAUUUCCAUGUGGAGUGCAUAGACCAGUGGCUGCGUUUGAACGUGAAAUGUCCUCGGUGCCGGUGCUCAGUCUUUCCAGACCUCGAUCUCAGCGCAUUAUCCAAUCUCCAGAGCUCAUCAACACAACAGCCCCCACAGGGGAACACGGAAACAACAGAAGCUCGGUACAUAAGAAGCCAACCACAAAGCGAGAGCUACUUCCUGAGACUUCAGUCUCUAAUUCACCCGGUCCAUACUGACACCGCUCUGGAGACUGCAGAGAACGGUGGAGUUCCUCCUGUCUUGGCUGGUCGAUCUCCAUCUGGGAGAUGAGAGACAUAAGUGUGAGUCGAGUCUAUGGUUUUUCUACUCAUUACUAACUCUCGACUGAUCGAAGGAAAAAUAAUAAUAAUUAGCACAUUUUGAGUCUUCCUACCCCUUGUAAGUUUUCACCUUUGACACUCUUACAAUGUAAAUAAAUUGGGGGGGUUGAAAGAAAAGGAAAAAAAAAACAAUAUUUGGGGUUUUACAUUGGGAAUGAAGAACUGUACAUGUCCAUACUCUUUAACGGUAGAGGAUGUUCUUACUACUUUUGCUUAGUUAUGGUUUCCUCAGGUUGACACCAAA